AUGAAGAAGUUUCAACUAAAAGAAUAUCUCCAUUACAAUCUGGUGGUAAUGAAAUAUCUUGGGCUUUGGCCCAAAAAAGAUUUCACCUCCGACAAGUCGUAUUUGAUCUACACAAUCAUUGUCAAUGGAUUUUUCAAUUUUACAACGAGCGUAGGCCUCACAGGGUACAUAUUAACAUCAUCAAAUCUUCUAGAAGAUGUUAUUGGUGCGGGAUAUAUCAUUCUCGCCAUAAUGGCCACUGCCAAAACAUUUUUUAUCAUGAAAUACAGUAAAAUGUUCAAGCUAUUGGUAGAUGCAGAGAUCCAUAGAAGUGUGAACGUAGAACUCAACGAGGAACAGACCAAAAUUCUAUGCGACUACGUGGGCUUUUGGAAAAAAGUACAUCUUAUUUACAGACCGGUUAUCGUGUCUAUUUCGGGGUAUUCCAAGCUCGUUGAAUCGUACUUCAGUAAAUACUUAUUAAUUCAGUUCACAUCAUCGUGUAUGUCAACUGCUCUAAUUAUGACUAGUAUGAGUAUGAAUCAUGAUGAUAACGCUGACAUUUGGUUCCUGAGUGUUUCACAGCUAGGGGUGUGGGCAGAUUUAUACAUUUAUUGUUGGUACGGAAACGAAGUUACUGAAAAGAGUAAGAAGAUUCCAUAUGCAGCUUUCGAGUCAAAUUGGGUUACUGCUUCAAAAGGCUAUAAGAAAAAUUUAUUGAUUUUCAUAUGUAGAACUCAAACACCGAUUAAACUAUAUGCAGUCGACUUCUUCGAACUGUCUUUGAAUAUAUUUAUUAGUAUAUUGCGAACGGCAUACUCCUACUACAUGUUACUUAGGCAACUUUCGGCAGAUGAGUAAUUACUAAUGAAAUUUGUUAUGUAUUAUAUUUAAUUUAAUAGUUUCAGUUAAUAA